UUGUGUCCAUUUUGCAUUCUCGCUCUGGAAAAUCAGUUACAGCCAGUCUCGCAGUUCAGAGUCGAGAGAAGUGUGAACGCCAUUAACACACAGAGAGAAAAUGCUUCAGAAAAAAGAAGCAGCAGCGAUGAAGGGGAUGGUGCCAUCUCAGCCCUCCAUGAAAUACCCAGAUGAAGAUGAUGAACAUGAAGUGAAAGAAGGAAAUGGGGGGUUGCCAGUAGAAGGUGGUUUUGCAAUUGAGGACAUUUCUGAAAAGUUUCAGUCUCAGUGCAUCAGCCUUUACAAGCGAGACCUCUCAAAACGAGGUGAAGAGCUCACUUUUGAGAAGAAUGGUGGGUGGAGGCAAGAGCAGAAGGGCAGAACUGCAAGGCUGGAGAAACAGCUCAGGUUGAGGUGGGAACUUGAGGAGAUAAUUGAAGAACAAGUGAACAGGUUCCAUGCACACUACAACUUGGAUAUGGUCCCAACCCGCCUCAAAGACAUUUCCCAACUCCUCAUGCCCAAUUGGACUCCGCCUGAUGAGCUUGCCUCCAUAGGUUGGUUUGGUGAUUGGCGGCCCUCUUCCAUUCUGGAACUUGUGCGUUGCUUGUCUGCUUCCUGCUUUCCAAUCUCUGCUAGCACAGACCACCUCUUACUGCAGCUCAUUCAUGAGAUUCGGAUCGAAGAGGCAAUACUUGAUGAGGAGAUGGCUGAGAUUCAGUCUACAUGUAUCCUCUACCUUCCGUUUGCUCCAAUCAACAUUCAAUCAGGUGGAUCUGCCUUGGCUUGUGUUCACUCUGAGUUCAAGAAGAUUGAAAGGGUUAUCACAAAAGCUCAGCAACUCAGGUUCAAGGCACUGGAAUUGGUUUUGAAGAAGAUACUGAAUGAAAUUGAUGCAGCAGAGUUCUUAGUGGCAUUUGAGGGAAUACAAGAUGCUAUUCACCAGUUUGCAGCAAACCAGAGGUUCCAGAAGGGUCCAGUUGCUAUGCCUGUCAAGGCUUUGGGGUCUGCCUGAGAACAAAGGAGAUAAAAGAUCGUAUGGAACUUGCUAACCAAAUCAGAAACAGUACUCACUGAAAGAAAAAAAUGACAAACCUCUUUUACUUGCCGAUUGUUGCUGUAUGAUAUGAUAUCUUAUCGUAGUCUUAGCUUUGAUGGACAAUCUCGUGUUGUCUAAACAGUGUGUGUAGAGAACUCAAAACAGGUUUACAGUGUCAUUCAUUCGAAGCUGUUCAUGUAAAUAUGUACAGAGCAUGGAUUUCGAGUAUAGUUUGGUCUGCAAGGGGCCAAAUUUUG